AUGUCAGCAUCGGAAAAUCCCCUGGCUGGUAUCCAACGUCGCGCCGCCGAAGAUCCUGAUGCACGAUUCAAGGCUUUCGACUCGUAUCCUUGGGCUAAAGACAGAGCAUUCACUGAACAACUUUCAAGUGCCUUAAAUAGUGCGCAACCUGGCGAAUCGAAUCUUUCUGAGAUCGCGCUCGGGGCUCGGGUCCACAGAUUCGAGCAGCAAACCAAAAUCAAAGUCGAUGGUGAUGAGUAUAAACAAUGGCUUUCCCGAAACAAUAUUCAACAACCAAGAUUCGUCUCUGAAGAAGCGGUGGCGAUAGAAUUAGUGACCGCGCCGAACCCCCAAGAUAGAAAACUAGCACAUCUUCUCGUAGAACUAGGCGAUCCUCUAGGGCAAAUUGCUCUCCAGCAAACCAACCCCCAACCAGAUGUUGUUGUCCCCAGUUGGCAGGCCGCUGCACCAACAGCAGAGCUCUAUAUCCAAAGAGAUCCAACAUCAACAGAACCCGGCAAGGAACCCUAUCCUAAGAAAUUCGAGGAAAUAGUUGAAUUUUUACAGAGUGGCAAACCAAUACCUGGGAUUCGGCAAAUCCCCGAUACCGUGAUCGAAGAUCCGUCAAUUACCGCUCACGGACGUCUCACAGCGCCACCAAAGCCCUGGGAAAUCGGACGAACCCCUUCGACUGAAUAUCCCGAGCCAUCAAUCGCGCAAGGUGGAAUAUAG